AUGGAGGAUAAUUACAACGCUGCUUCACAGGCUCUUUCAGUUUCUUAUGAUUCCUCUGUUUGUCUCAGAUCUCAAGCAUUGAAGUUGCAAAUUUAUGGUAAUGGACUGUAUGACCGAAACGGAUUGCUUUUUAGCAAGAUCGAUGAAGUGUUUACCCAAGAUUUCCGUGAUCGCGUAAAUCAAGAAUUGGAUUCUUUUAAAAAUGUUGCGACUGAACAUAAAAAUGAAUUCGGAAAGGCUAUUCACAGCACAUUGUCAACAAUGAUUAAACAGGUUAAUGAUGGUGCGUCAUAUUCAUCAGAUAUGUCACAAUUAUUUGACAACACUACACAAAAGAUGGAGAAUUUUGUUGAAAAGGAAUUUGUUCAAAUUCAGUCUCCAGGAAAAACUCCAAAACGCAAGCUUUUAGGUUCUGAAUUGAAUGAAAAUCUUGUUUACAUCCCUCCGCCUAAAAAACUUUUUGAAGAGCAGAAGGGUUUGAUUACUCCAAAAAGGAUGUCAACUAUAAACGGCGUGAUUCAUUUUUGGAUUCUUCAUUUGUCUCGUCACUUGUUUCGUCUGAUACAUUUAAAGUGUAAUUUGCAAGAAACAACCUUGACUAGUACGACAAAAACGGGAAGACUUGAACCAGUUGACGAAGAGAAGAAGAAUGAGUGUGGUACUUCCUUAAGCUUUAAAUGA